CCUACCCGCGGGGACGCCGGACCUGGUUCUUUCAGCCAGGCAGCUCGUGGGCGGGUCGCGGUUUCCGAAACGCAGCUCCCAGCGGCCUCUCGCCGCCGCGGGCCGGCCGUUCGGCCGCAGUGAGCACCGGGACCGGUAGUCCCUGCGCUGGGCGCCGCCUUUCCAUGUGGCCAGGGCCCCGGAAGGAGUGACUGUCACUCAGUGGCUUCCAGUGGAGAGCAACAUUCUGCGCCUCCUCCACCCCAGCAUCGCCUGCCUGGAGUGGCUGAGACCUGAGAUGUUUGUAGGAAGUUUUGUCUCUCAGACGUGAACAGCCUGCCUUUCAGCCCACCUGUGACCCCUCCUGAGGAACGGCCAGCAUGCCCAAGGUCACCCUGAACGGUGUGACGGUGGAUUUCCCAUUCCAGCCAUACAGAUGCCAGCAGGAAUACAUGGCCAAGGUCCUGGAGUGUCUGCAAAAGAAAGUGAAUGGCAUCCUGGAGAGCCCCACUGGCACAGGGAAGACACUUUGUCUCCUCUGCACCACACUGGCCUGGCGAGAACACCUUCGAGACACCAUCUCUGCCCGCAAGAUUGCUGAGCGGGCACAAGGGGAGCUGUUCCUCAACCAGUCCUUGUCAUCCUGGGGGAGUGCCACUUCUGGAGACACCCCAGCUUGCUACGUGGACAUCCCAAAGAUCAUUUAUGCCUCCAGGACCCACUCGCAGCUCACACAGGUCAUUGGCGAGCUUCGGAACACCUCCUACCGGCCCCGGAUGUGUGUGCUGGGCUCCCGGGAGCAGCUGUGCAUUCACCCUGAAGUGAAGAAGCAAGAGAGCAACCACAUGCAGAUCCAUCUGUGCCGCAGGAAGGUGGCGAGCCGCUCCUGCCAUUUCUACAACAACAUAGAAGAGAAAAGUCUGGAAGAGGUGCUGGUCACCCCCAUCCUGGACAUCGAGGACCUGGUCAAGAGUGGGAGCAGGCACAAGGUUUGCCCAUAUUACCUUUCUCGGAACCUGAAGCAGCAAGCCGACAUUAUCUUUAUGCCGUAUAAUUACUUGUUGGACCCCAAGAGCCGCAGGGCACACAGCAUUGACCUAAAGGGGACGGUGGUGAUCUUUGACGAAGCUCACAAUGUGGAGAAGAUGUGUGAGGAAUCAGCAUCCUUUGACCUGACCCCCCAUGACUUGGCUUCUGGACUGGACGUCAUAGACCAGGUUCUGGAGGACCAGACCAAGGCUGCAAAGCAGCGCGAGCUCUACCUGGAGCCUGACGUGGGCCUGGCUGGCUCGGGGCUGAACAUGGAGCUCGAAGAUAUCGCGAAGCUGAAGACGAUUCUGCUUCACUUGGAAGGGGCCAUUGAUGCCAUUGAGCUGCCAGGAGACAGUGGCGUCACCAAGCCGGGGAGCUAUAUCUUCGAGCUGUUUGCCGAAGCCCAGAUCACGCUUCAGACCAAGGGCUGCAUCCUGGACUCACUGGACCAGGUCAUCCAGCACCUGGCAGGCCGUGCCGGGGUAUUCACCAACACGGCAGGACUGCAGAAGCUCACAGACAUCAUCCAGAUGGUCUUCAGCACCUGCUCACCCGAGGGCAGCCCCAGCUCAGCGGUGACACAGGGGGCUUCCAAGUUCUACAAGGUGCACAUCCACCCCGACACCAGCCAGCGCAGGAGAGCGCAGAGAUCGGAUGCCCGGAGUGCUGUGGCAGCCAGGAAGCAAGGGAAGGUGCUGAGCUACUGGUGCUUCAGCCCCGGCCACAGCAUGCGAGAGCUGAUGUGCCAGGGGGUCCGGUCUCUCAUCCUCACCAGCGGCACACUGGCACCCGUGUCCUCCUUCGCCCUGGAGAUGCAGAUCCCUUUCCCAGUCUGCCUGGAGAACCCCCACGUCAUCGACAAGCACCAGAUCUGGGUGGGGAUCAUCCCCAAAGGCCCUGAUGGGGCCCAGCUGAGCUCGGCAUUUGACAGGCGGUUUUCUGAUGAGUGCCUGUCCUCGCUAGGGAAGGCUGUGGGCCGAGGGCCUCUGCUUCCAGGCAACCUCGCCCGAGUGGUGCCUCAUGGACUGCUGGUCUUCUUUCCUUCCUACCCUGUCAUGGAGAAAAGCCUGGAGUUCUGGCGGGCCCAUGACUUCACCCGGAAGAUUGAGGAGCUAAAGCCGAUGUUUGUGGAGCCCAGGACUAAAGGCAGCUUCUCCGAGGUCAUUGAUGCUUACUACGCCAAGAUCGCCUCUCCGGGGUCCAGUGGAGCCACCUUCCUAGCCGUAUGCCGGGGGAAGGCCAGCGAGGGGCUGGACUUUGCAGACACGAAUGGCCGUGGUGUGAUCAUCACGGGCCUCCCAUACCCGCCACGCAUGGACCCCCGGGUUGUGCUCAAGAUGCAGUUCUUGGAUGAGAUGAGGAGCCAGAGUGGAGCCAGGGGCCAGUUCCUCUCUGGACAAGAGUGGUACAGGCAGCAGGCAUCCAGGGCUGUGAACCAGGCCAUCGGGCGGGUGAUCCGGCACCGUCAGGACUAUGGAGCCGUCUUUCUCUGUGACCACAGGUUCACCCACACCGAUGCCAGAGCCCAGCUGCCAUCCUGGGUGCGUCCAUUUGUCCAGGUGUACGAAAACUUUGGCCCCGUUAUCCGGGAUGUGGCCCAGUUCUUCCGUGUCGCUCAGAGAACAAUGCCUGUGCCCACCCCCCGGCCCACUGCCCCGGGCCCAGCCCUGGGAGAUGGUGCCAUCACAGGGGCUGCGCCACCUGGCCCCCUGCUCCCAACCAAGAGUGCCAAGAAUCUGGAUGUGCAUGUGCCCAGCCUGCAGCGGAGGCCUGCAGGGUCGCCGGCUGCUGGAGACGCCGAGAGCAGUGUGUGCCGGGAGUAUGGGCAGGAGCUGGUACUGGCCCAGCGGAGGCCCGUGGGGCUGCUGGCUGCUCUGGAGCACAGCGAGCAGCAGGCUGGGGGCCUUGGGGAUGAAGCCCUCCCCGGGGAGGAGGAGGUGCAUCGCUGCUCCACCCUGUCCCUGCAGCAUGAGAAGAGACUGGCGGAUGAGCAGCGAGGCUGUAGGAAGAAGAUUAAGCUUGUCAGCAGCCGGACACAGGAGCUGGUGUCCAGUGGGCAGGUGGACAAAGCCAAGUUGUUCAUGGUGGCUGUGAAGCAGGCCUUGAGCCAGGCCAACUUUGACACCUUCACCCAGGCCCUACGGGACUACAAGGACUCUGACGACCUCGCCGCCCUGGCUGCCUGCCUCGGGCCCCUCUUUGCUGAGGAUCCCAGGAAGCACAGCCUGUUCCGAGGGCUCUACCAGUUUGUACGGCCCCACCACAAGCAGCAGUUCGAAGAAGCCUGCCUCCAGCUGACUGGCCAAGGCUGUGGCUACCAGCCACAGCACAACCUUUCUCAAGGGCAGCAGAUACAGCCAGCCCCCGACCCCAGGGGAAGGCGGGAGCCUAACCCCAAGCUGACUGUCUUCAAGGGCGCAGCCAGGCAACUGGAUUCCAGAGGGCACCUCAACCAGGGUGGGCUCCAUCUGACCACCAGGCCUUCUGCCACAGGAAAACCCAGCGGUCACCUGGGAACAGAACAGCAGGGUCGACCCACCGUGACCACCUACCUGGCAGAUGCUCAAAGGGCCCUGGGAUCCGAAGGCUGCAGCCAGCUCCUGGCAGCGCUGACCGCUUACAAGAAGGAUGACAACUAUGAGAAGGUGGUGGCUGUGGUGGCCGCACUCACCACCGCCAGGCCUGAGGACUUCUCGCUGCUGCAGAGAUUUGGCAUGUUCAUGCGCCCGCACCACCAGCGGCAGUUCCGGCAGACAUGUGCAGACCUGACCGGCCAGCCCACCCCAGGCCUCCCGCAGUCUGAGAAACCGGGCAAGGUCCAGAGCACGACUUCCUCCUGCUGGGAACAGAGGCCAGCAAAAAGCACAGGCGCCGACGACGCUGUCUCCCCAGGACCCAGCCAGGCACUCCCUGGGCCCUCCUGUGGCCGAUCGGAGUCCCCGUGGGGUAGGUCAGGGGAGGGGGCCUGUGUUGAGGCCCACGUGCGCCCACAGCCCCGUGCAGAGGGCCCCACGUGCUCCGGCUGCGGGGCAGAGGAUGAGGUGACCUUCCAGUGCCCUGACUGCGACUUCCACCGCUGCCGGGCUUGCUGGCGCCAGCACCUCCAGGCCUCUAGGACCUGCCCAUCCUGCCGUGCUGCCACCAGGAAGCAAAGCCUCUCACAGGUCUUCUGGGCAGGGCCCCCGUGAACUGCCUGUCGGUGGCCUAGGGCCCCCGAGUCUUCGGAUGCUGAGGAACCCUGCUCCGACACUUGCCUCUCUGGUCUGGACCAAGCACCAGCAUCUCUUUGGCCAAGAACCCACAGGACAAUGGGCUGGGUCCACCACAGGCCUCAGGCAGGUGGGGUGGCAGGGAUUCCCUGGGCCACCUUGGGGUCUGUGGUCACCAGAAAGGUCUCUCCAAAACAGUCCCUGGCUGCCGGCUUGUGCUGGAACCCCCAGGGGCUUCACAUCUGAGCCCAGGCCUGGAAGGAAGGGAGCAGGCCAUCCUCCUUUGGGAGUGCUCAGUGGCCCCUGUGCGAGGCCCCCACCUGCCUUAGAUACCUGGAACCCCUCUGAAUAAAGCUGCUGGCAGUGCGUUUCUGUACAUCUCUGUACUGCCUACGCAAGGUCUCUUCCCAAUCAGCCUCAAACAAAUGAGUCCUGAGUCAUCCCUGAUGGAAAACAGCAAAUGUGGGGCCCCCAGCGAGGAGGGGCUGCAGACACCCUGCCCCCUUGGCACCCCUACCCCCUCCAGGAGCCUCCCACGGACCGAGGCUCUGGGG